CUUGGCUAUAAGAAAAAAUGUUUAAUGAUAAAAAUAAAAAAAGAGUUUAAAUAGGCUAUAUAUUCCGGUUCCUCCGGAGACUUGACUUGACCUGUCAAAAGUAUGGAGGAGGGAAAGUUACCGUUAAGAUGCCUCAGAAGCCUGGCGGUGAGUGGGAGGGUUUGCCUGUCUGUCGCUUCACCACUUUACUCCCUGAAGUUGUAGCAGUGAGGACCUAAUCUUUACACGUGUGGAUUACUGUCAGCACCCAGGUGACAGGACCGUUGAGAUGAUACUAAAACACAGCAGGAGUCCUCUUCUGCUCGCCGUCACCUGCAUGUACUUCUCAGGAGGUCUGCUUUGGUCUUACCAAGAAGAGGAUGCCAGUGACGGUGAAGAGUGCUCUGAGAAUAACAUUUCUACAACAAAGUACCCCUGCGUGAAGUCGACUGGAGAAGUUACAACGUGUUACAGAAGGAAAUGUUGCAAGGGCUUCAAGUUUGUGUUGGGCCAGUGCAUUCCUGAAGACUAUGAUGUGUGUGCUGGCGCCCCCUGUGAGCAACAGUGUACUGACCAUUUUGGUCGAGUGGUGUGCACCUGUUACCCCGGCUACCGCUAUGACCGUGAGCGCCACAGAAACCGAGAGAAGCCCUACUGUCUAGACAUCAACGAAUGUGCAGACAAAAACACGACUACAUGCUCUCAGAUCUGCGUCAAUUCUGUCGGGAGCUACAGGUGUGAGUGUGAGAAAGGCUAUUUCCUGGAAGAAGAUGGGAAAACAUGCACCAAGGGGGAGAGAGCAGUGCAUCUCUUUGAGAAGUCUGACAACGUGAUGAAUGCUGGAACUUGCUCAGCCACAUGUGACGAUUUUCACCAGAUCAGGAUGUCUGUCCUGCAGCUUAAACAGAAGAUUGCCAUGCUGUCAAACAGUGCUGACAUCCCUGAGCAGAUGACCAGUGAGAAAAUCCUGACGUCGCCUAUAUUUCUACCAGGGCCUCCAGGUCUCCCUGGUCCUCCAGGAGAUCCAGGACCAGAGGGCCCUCCAGGACUUGCAGGACAGUUGGGGCCCCCUGGGCCUCCUGGUCAUAGGGGCUUGAUGGGACCCAUUGGACCCACACCAGACCUGUCCCACAUCAAGCGGGGCCCCAGAGGACCCGUGGGGCCUCCAGGAGCACCGGGGAAAGAUGGCCUAAAGGGGGAUCGAGGAGCUCCUGGGCCUGUCGGACCACCAGGCCCUCCAGGCUCCUUUGAUUUCCUGCUUCUCCUGAUGGCAGACAUCCGUAAUGACAUCGCUGACCUGCAGAGCAAGGUGUAUGGUCGACCGAUGCACUCUCCAGGAGAGGACUUUCCUGCGGUCCCUGACAGCUGGUGGGACAACCAGGACAAUCUGGAUACAGGCUCAGGUGAGGACUACAAGGAACCUCCAGCUCGAACAGGCGGAGGGUCUAAGAGGAACAGGAAGAGGAAACCAGUGCGCGAGAGAACAGACUUUGACUGGAAUAUUUAAAGAGAGUGGGUUUAAAUACUUAAUGUCAGGUGUAAAUAUUGAAGUAGUUUGCUUUCUUUUAUUUAAACAGAAUGUACUGUAUGCCUGUGAAUCAGAUGUUUAUUUUUGUAAGAUAUACGAGAGUUUGUGUGAAUAUUUUUUAACAAAAUGAGUAGACGGUGCAAAUGCAUGUUUUUUUAUUCUAUUCUUUUUUUUUUUCUUUUUUUUUUUUUUAAACAUAUGGUUCCUUCACAGCACAUUAAACAAGUCUCUCAUGGAAUCAGUUUUUACCUCUUUACUUUGACAUUAUAUUAUUCUGUUUCACACAAAUUGUAUUAGAAAUGGAGCCACACACUAAAUAAUGAACCAACUGACAAUAGAAUUGGAAGAAGAUGGAAAAGAAUACUUGCGUUGCCAAGCAUGUGUAUGUAAACAUACAAGGACAUUUUUAUAUUCAAAUUGGUUUUUCGUUGUUUCAAUGUAAAAACAAGGAC